UAAUAAUUGUUAAGGUUUAUAUUACUUAAAAGAGCGAGUGCAAAAAAAGAGAGGAAGAGCCCCAUAUGGUGCGGCACCACUGUUUAUCCCGUUUAGGCAAUCAAAUUGAAUAAUGACUAAUAAGUGAAAAAUUUAAUUAUUCACCUAUUUCUUGUAAAUUAAAUACUAACUGUUAGUUAAAGGAGUAUAUUCCUUGAGAUGGAACAAGCACGAGAUCCAGAAGCACUACCGGUAUCCGAAAGUGACGAAAGAGAGCGAAAUAUUGGUGAUAGUUCGGAGUUAAUUACUGAAAUUCAUAGUAAUAAUUCUAAUCCUAAUACUAAAACUGAUACUAAUACUGGAAUUAAUACUAACGGUGAUAAUGAUGAGUCCGGUUCCGAACAUGAAGGGAACGAGAGACUUCAUCCCUCUAUUAAUGGUUUAGAAAUGCCAGUUCCUGAGCUUAGCAAUGAAAGCUCAGAAGAAGAAGAAGAAGAAGAAGUUGGAGAAGAAGAUGACGAUGAGGAUGAGGAUGACUAUGAUGAAUAUGAUGAUGAAGAACAAUCACAUGAUACUUUAUCUUCUACUAUUAUUAAAGAAAUUCAAGAUGGAACAUAUUCAUGUUUAGUAUGUACGGGAGAAAUUGAUCAAUUCUCUCAAGUAUGGUCAUGUGCUAAUUGUUAUAGAGUUUAUGAUUUAGAAUGUAUUAAUGAUUGGGCAAUUAGAGGGUCUUCUACUAAUAAAACUAGUAAAGAAUGGAGAUGUCCAUCAUGUAAUGUUGCGACUAAAGAAAUACCUAAAUUAUUUAAAUGUUGGUGUGGUAAAGUUACUAAUCCUGAAGUUAAUUCAUUUUUACCAUUUAGUUGUGGAAAUACUUGUAGUUAUCAAUAUAAUGAUUGUAUUCAUGGUUGUAGUUCAGUAUGUCAUCCUGGUUCUCAUCCAAUUUGUGGAGCUUUAGGUCCAUUAAUGAAAUGUCAUUGUGCUAAACAACAAAGACAACUUCCUUGUUUAAUUACUCCUUAUGAACAAGGUUGGCAAUGUGAUGAACCAUGUGAUACAACUAUAUGUUUACUUGGUCAUUCAUGUCAAAGAGGUUGUCAUUCAGGAUUAUGUGGACCUUGUAAUGAAUCAUUAUCCUUACAAUGUUAUUGUGGUAAGAACAAUAUAGAAUUAAAUUGUUCAACAAUUAAUCCUAAACAAUGUCAUGAUAAUAAGGGUAAAUCAUGGAUUGGAUCAGGUCAAUGUUUAGAAAAGACUAUACUUUAUUAUGAUUGUGAUAUUCAUUUUGAAGAAUUAGAUUGUCAACCAUUACCUGAAUCAAUUAAAGUUUGUAAAUUAUCUCCAUCUCAAAUUUCUACUUGUUAUUGUGGUCAAACUCCAGUGGAUGUUAAGGGUAGAACUAAAUGUACUGAUCCAAUUCCUGAAUGUGAUAGACCAUGUAAUAAAUUAUUACCUUGUGGAUGUAAAUGUUUACUUAAAUGUCAUCCUGGAGAUUGUGAAUGUUUUAAUAUUUUAGAUAUUAAAUGUCCUUGUGGUCAUGGAGAAUUCUCAGUCCCUUGUAAAUUUAUUCAACAAGGUUAUAAACCAAGAUGUGAUCAUAAAUGUCUGGUAUUACUUAAUUGUCGUAAACAUUAUCAUCGUGAGCAAUGUUGUGCUUUUGAACAAAUUGCAUUAAAGAGAGAACGAGAAAAGAAGAAAGCUAUUAGAAAUAAUAUUAGAUCUAAUUUUAAUGAUGAAGUAAUGAAUAUGGAAGCAGUUCAUAUUUGUACUAAAACAUGUAAUAGAUUAAAACCUUGUGGAAAACAUUAUUGUGAAGCAUUAUGUCAUAAUGGUCCAUGUCCAGUAUGUUUAGAAUCUACUAAUGAAGAAUUAAUUUGUCAUUGUGGUAAAACUAUUAUUGAACCUCCUAUUAGAUGUGGUACUAAACUUAUAUGUCAUGAACAAUGUAUUAGACAUCCAAUUUGUGGUCAUAGACCAGAACGUCAUGAAUGUCAUGAAGAUUCUGUAUCAUGUCCAAAAUGUACUGUAUUAGUUAAAAAGGAAUGUAAUUGUGGAUUAAAAUCAGAUUUACCAGGUAUACUUUGUUCUCAAGAAAAUGUAUCAUGUGGUACAGCUUGUAAAAAACUUAAAUCUUGUGGUCAUGCAUGUUUAAGAGUAUGUUCAAGUAAAUGUACAGUUGAUGAUAUUCAUAAUAGUUCUACCGUUUGUCAAUCUCCUUGUGAAAAGAGAAGAAUUAAUUGUCCUCAUUCUUGUAAAUUAAUUUGUCAUGCAAAUAAACCAGGUCAAAGUAUUAAAUGUGAUGCUAGAAAAUGUCCUGAACUUGUUCAAGUUAAUUGUGAAUGUGGAUUAAUUAAAAGAAAAAUUCCUUGUGGAGCUAGUUUAGAUGAACAAUCAGUAAUUGGGACAAUUAUUGAAUGUACAGAAGAAUGUGAACGGGCAAAACGAGAUGCCGAACUUCGUUCAGCAUUUGAUGUUUCAGAUGAAUUACCAAAAGUUUGGAAUGAAGAUAUUCCAUAUCCUGAUUCAGUUAUGUCAACUUAUAUUAGACAAAGUGUAUGGUGUAAUAGAAUUGAAAAUUUAAUUCGAACUUUUAUUGAAGAUUAUCAAGUUCAAAUUGAUAAUCAUAUUAAAUCUCCUAAGAGAACUCAUCAUUUCCCUCCUAUGAGUUCUCCUCAAAGAUCUUUUAUUCAUGAAUUAGCUGAUACUUAUAAUUUAUAUCUGGAAUCUCAAGAUGAAGAACCUAAACGUUCAACAUUUAUUGUAAUUACUAGAAAUACAAAAUUACCUUUAUUAACCAUUCAAGAAUGUAUUAGAAUGAGAGAUGAUAUGAUUAGAGAAAGAAAUAAAGCAGCUGAAUUAAAACAAGCAGAAAUUGAAGCUGCUACAUUUAAUGCACUUGUUAUUCAAGAUGUUUUCUUUGGUAUUGUAAUUGAUGAUUUGAAAGAUGGUCUUAGUGAAGUGGUUAGUCAAUCAGGAAUUGUUAAACCAACUUUCCAAUGGAUUAAAGAUUCAACCUUUGUAUUUUAUUCAGAACAGAAUUAUAAGACUUGUACCACAACUGAUGAAAAUCAAUUAUACUUAUUGAUGAAAUCUUUUAAGAAUAUAUUAAGAAUGAAAUCAUUAGCUUUUGAUUGUAAACUUUGUUUAAUUGAUGAUGAUGCUACUUAUAUCUUAAAAGUUGAUAGUAAAUUGAAAUCAGAAAAAUCGCCUCUGCCUGCUCCUAUACAAGUAGCUAGAAAUGAUUUUGAAGUCUUACAAGAAGAGGAGAAUUUGGCGCAAGCUUAGAAUAGAUAUAUAAUUACAUAUAAAUAUAAAUAUAAAUAUAGAUUACAAG